AUGAGUUAUAUAGGUCUGUUUCUGAUUGGAUUCUUGUGGUCUUUGCCUGGGUUUAGUAUCACCACGGCUGUGGCUAUUUUCAAUAAUGUAAGAAAGUGUUGGAAUCUUAGACAGCCGCUGAAAAUUUUAGUCAGCCCCAGAAUGGUCUUGUCAAAGACCGUGUUGGAAAUACCGUCAGGUCUCGGUGAUUUAUUGCGGGGUAGCCGCUUGAUGAUGCACUUUACUGACUGGUUGUAUUGGCAGCUAAUAAAUUGGUGUAUGGAGUUGGCUUGGACCCUAACCUUCCUGGCAGUUGAAUUGUGGGGCUAA